GAGUUCGUUUGUUGACCAUUUUCAAACACAGAAGAAGAAGAAGGACCUAUUUUUUUUCUCAUCUCACGGUUCAGUGAAAAUCGCGCAGGGACUUUAGUGUUAAAAUCAACAGUUUUUCUCUUUUUCUCACCCUAAAGUAACAGGAGUGGCCUGUGGACAGCUCAAACAUGGUAAGAGAGCUUCGUUAUUUUUAUUUAAAUGUGAAAUAUCUGCUUAAAGUAGUUUGUUACCGUGAUAUUAGACAGCUAUGCUAACUAGCUUAAAGCUAACGUUCACUAACGUCCAUCAACGUUUCAGUCAAUAAUGAGUUUAAUCUGAUGAGAUUAUUUCACAGUUUAAUAUUCAUAUACAUGCAGGGAGUAAAAAUAGAUAUGAAUUAACAGGUUUAUUUUAAAAAGCUUUAAAGUUUUCAUCUUAAUCUGCUGCUAAAUAACCACCGAUCACUGAAACUGUCAGAGGGAUGAAUUAAAUAUAAACGAAAUCAUGGAAACAUUUCAGUUUAAACUGUAUUAAAUCAGAGUCAGUGUGUGUUUUUAACAUUUUAAGUCAUUGUUUUUACAGUCACACACUAUUCUGCUCGUCCAGCCGACAAAGAGACCUGAAGGCCGAACAUAUGCGGACUAUGAGUCUGUGAAUGAGUGUAUGGAGGGUGAGUUUUUAUCUGUUUAUUAACAUUUUUACUCAGUAAUUUACUGUUAAAUUAGUGCUUUAAAGCAGUGAGUCUGACUGAUGACUGUUCAGGGUUUUUAGAAUUAACUGGGGGACAAAAAGGAGUUACAUUCUUACAUUUUAUAUUAUCUACAGCUGUGGACAAAAGUUUAGAGAAUGACACAAAUAUGAAUUUUCACAAACUCUGCUGCUUCAGUGUUUUUAGAUCUUUUUGUCAAAUGUUUCUAUGUUUUACUAAAGUUUGAUUCCAAGCAUUUCAUAAGUGUCAGUUUGUAAGUAUUUGUUUGUCCUCCAUGUCUUGAGGAUUGAGGUUCUCUAUGGGAUUAAGGUCUGGGGAGAUUCCUGGCCAAAGACCCAAAAUCUUGGUUCUCACUUUUUCCUCAUGGUAAGGCGCUCUCAUCACCAAACUGAUCUUCGAUGGUUGGAGAAGUCGCUCUCCGAGGAUGUUUUGGUUCUUUAUUCAUGACUGUGUUCGUGAGCCCACUCCCUUGACUGAGAAGAAACCCCACACAUGAAUAAUCUCAGGAUGUAUUACUGCUGUCAUGACUCUAAAUCACUAAAAUGAUGUCAGCUGAUCCUUUUGUGAUGGGGCUGAACUGUAGUGAAAAUGAAGCAGCAGACGUCAUGAAAAUUAAUAUUUGUGUCAUUCUCAAAACUUUUGGCCACGGCUGUACUGUAUGGAAACACGCACUCAGUGUUUUUCUCUCAUUUAUCCUCUCAUGCAUCUCUCUUCUAGGUGUUUGUAAAAUGUACGAGGAGCAUCUGAAGAGGAUGAACCCAAACAGUCCCUCCAUCACGUAUGAUAUCAGCCAGUUGUUUGACUUUAUCGAUGACCUAGCAGACCUCAGUUGUCUUGUGUAAGUAUAAUUUUGCUUGUAGACACAGAUAGACUUUUAUGAAAUGCCCUGAUGACUCCCUGUGUAUAUAUAUAAUUGUAUAUUUUAAUACAGGUACAGAGCUGACACACAAACAUAUCAACCAUAUAACAAAGACUGGAUCAAGGAGAAGAUAUACGUCCUGUUGAGACGCCAAGCUCAGCAGGCGUCCAAGUAAAGAACAACAGCGAGAAGAUGUCCUGCUACUCACCUGGAAGGAAUUCAAGGUGCAUUUCCACAACAAGAUCUGUGCACAAGGACAACAAUUCGAUAAAGGAGGGGUUCUCGUUUAUUUAUACUUUGGAGAGGAAAAGUUUGUAAAUUAGGUAAAAUCAGAAGUUCCCGCUGAAAUUUGAAAGCUGCAGGUUUACGUUAUUGUAUUUGUUAUGUUCUGAGGAGUGGGGCUGAGAGCUGCAAGGACUAACUCAUUGAUUGAAGGGGUGUACAUGUGUGGAAAAAUGUUCACCAAACUCCGUUAAAACUUUAUUUUUUUUUUUUAUUAAAUUUUGGUGACUUUGGUUUUUCAAUAAAAUUUUUAAUGUGAAUUUUGGAUGCAUUUUGUUUUUGAAAAAGACGAAAGUCUUUAGACCAUUUUUCUCUAAAAUGUUACUGAUCACAAACAUUUCUCAUCUUUCAUGUGAAUACAUUUUUUUUUUUUUUUGCUAGAAUUUACCAUCAUAAUAUAAGACAGUGUUUUUGUAAACAUCUGUUCUGAAUAGCAUCUGAUUUAAUCUGCUUUCCUUAGUUGUUUCUUUAUUUCUUUGUUCAAGUAAAAUAAAGUAUUGUUUCUGAUUGGUG